AUGGCCGCGAUCGAUGUCACACUGGAGGAUAUUGUGGACGAUGGAGAUGCCCGGGACCAGCGGACACGCAGUCCUAACGACGCGCCUGAAAUGGCGGCUCUCACAAGGUGCCUCCACGAGGCGCUGGAUGUGAACGACGAACGGGUGGAUGCUGUGCGCCAGUUUGAAGAAGUUCUCGGCGUGCACUCCGUUGUUGCGGCAUGGGACUUGUUCCGAGACGUGGAACGUUUUGUGUCUCUGUUUGAUUGCAUGGGUGAACUCCGUAUCCGGAAUACCAGGGGCAACUUCAUGGGCCAUGCCCCGCCCAACGGAGAGCUCUGUCGGGACUGCCAGAUAAGUAGGCGGUACUACCGUCGCAUCCAUGUUCGGUCUGCUGGCUGGCAGUCCAAGGAGCACCAAAGUGCCCUUGCUUCAUGGAGCAAUUGUUGUCCCAGCCAGAACGCAUUCGAGAAUCGUUCCAAUUGCACAUUUUAA